AUGGGCGGAAGCUUCUCCGCAGAAGGCGCAUCAUCCGCACCUCAACCCACCGUCUAUCUAGCGACAUACUCCAAUGUCCCCGUCUAUGAGAUGACCAUCCGCGGAAUUGCCGUCAUGAGAAGGAGGACAGAUGGAUUCCUCAACGCUACUCAAAUUCUCAAGGUGGCGGGUAUUGAAAAGGCAAAGAGGACAAAGAUUCUCGAAAAGGAGAUCCUGACGGGCGAGCACGAAAAGGUGCAGGGAGGGUACGGGAAGUACCAGGGUACAUGGAUCCCGCUGAAGCGUGCUCAAGAGCUUGCAGGCUCCUACAAUGUCGCUCACCUUUUGCGACCCGUCCUGGAAUUUGACCCUCGCACCGCGGAUCAAGUCCCCACGGCAGGUCCCAAGAAGCGGCCGAACCCAAAUGCUCCCGCCAAUAGCUCCUACUUCAAGAACGGUCCUGGAGCAGUCAAGAGCAGUACGCCCAAAUCUUCGGGCUCAGCAGCGCCGGAAGCGUCUACACUCAGGGCUCCCACCCAGCAGCCUCGCUUCUUGCAACUGCGAGCUCCACCUUCGGCCAGCACUAGCGAUGAGGCGGCGUCUGGCAUCAUGGCUCCUGGAUCGGCGAGUCUCAUUGGUGCCCUCAGUGCUUCUGGCGGUACCAGUGGUACGGAAGGCAUCCCACCUGGCUCGACACCGUCUAUGCGCCAGGCAUUGAGCAACUAUUCGCAAUUCGGCUACACUCCUCAAGGCGUUCCCUUGCCUUCGUCGUCGACAACGGCAGUCGGCAAGCGCGCCGAGCGAGAUGCAGACGAUUCGAUGGAGUCUAUGCAAGGACGCGAAGCACCAGCGAAGCGAGCACGAGCCGGGAGCCCAGGUGGUUCGCCACCUUCGCGUGCUGAGGUCCCCAUGAUCGCUCUUGGCCCCUCUCCAGUCAAAGAUCUCUCUGCCCUUGCUGGUCCUGACUCGUCCCUGCGAGGAGCUUCGCAUCCUCGACCGCAGCAAGUGGCCCUCGGUCCUCCCGACGAGCUCGUGCGAAGGUCCGGAGGCACCCGCUUUGCUGAUCGUCCCAGACCCGUCAAGGCGCAAGACGAAGGAGAGAGACGUAUGCGCGAUCGACUCAUCGCCCUCUUCAUGGGCAGCGAAGGCGAUGUGACUGCUAUCAGCUUGGGAGGCUCUGCUCCAGCUUCGAGCGAGAGCGGACCUGCGCCCUGCGUAGAUGCCGUCAUCGACGAUCACGGUCACACUGCUCUGCAUUGGGCUGCAGCGCUUUGCAAGUUGCCAUUGGUCUCCAUGCUGGUCGCACGGCCUGUCACUGAGCGAGGUGCCAAUCUACAUGCGGGCAACUACGCAGGCGAGACGGCUCUGCAUCGAUCUGUCCUUGUGACAAAUGCCUACGACUCGUCCAACUUCCCAGAUCUGCUAGAGAUUCUCGCUCCAUCUUUGCACACUCGCGACUUCAAGAACAGGACAGUGCUGCACCACAUUGCCCUCGUUGCAGCUCUCAAAGGCCGCGCGACCCCUGCACGGUACUACCUCGCCUCUGUGCUCGAGUACAUUGCCAAGAAAGAAGGUGGCAAGUUUGCCUCUCUUGUCGAUGCGCAGGACGAAGAUGGUGAGACGGCGCUAGGCAUCGCAGCUCGACAGGGUAACAACUCCAUGGUGAAGAUGCUCCUCGAAGUCGGUGCUCGAAAGGACCUAUCGAACAUCUUCGGCCUGAGGCCCUCUGAUUGGGGCAUCGAUGGUGGCAGCACUUCUGGUGGCCCCUCCGACCUCGUCACUUCUCUUAUGCGCCCGCCUCAGCCUCCCAUUCAAAAGUCCCAGGACGUGUUGACGCAACUGCGCUCCCUCCUGGACGAGCUGACGAGCACCUCGGCCAAGGAGCUAGCGGAGAAGCAAGAAGCACUCCAGGUGACGCAGAGCCAUCUACAGAGUGCUACACGGGAGCUCACAAGCAGACGCAAAGGGAUCAGUACGGCCAUGGCUAAAGUGGCCGAGCUGGAGGAGCGUAAGCUUCGCGUGGGCAACCUCAAGAGACGCCUCUUCAGGGUCGUCACGCACGGUGUUGAGUCCGGCGGUGGCGCUCCUGCGGUCGAGGGAGAGGUAGAGGAGGAAGCCUCGCCCGCCCUGAUCACCGAGCUGCUCCGUCUCGAGUCUGACUUCUCCAGCUCCUCGUCUACAUCGCCGGAAGAAGGCCUAGUGCGAGUCCGCUCCGAAGACCUCUCCCGCCUCUCCCUCUCCCCAUCCCAAAAGCAAAUCGAGCACCUCCUCCUCACCCGCUUCCUCCAUCACCACUUUACCCUCUCCAACGACUCUCUCCGUUCCGCCACAGAAGCGGUGCAGGUUGAAGCGCGCCAAAAGGAGGAGAAAUGUAGGAGAGUGGUGAGCAUGUAUUCUCGUAUCGAGGAGACGCAGGUGGAAGAGAUUCUAGAUGAGCUGGUAGCGGCAGUGGAGAGUAAUGCUGAAGUGGACUUGGCGAGGGUGGCGGGUUUCUUGGCUAGGACGGGAGGGACGGUAGUUGGUUUGAAGAAAUAA